UCCACGACAGCGACAGGAAUAAUCCUAAACCGAUGGUCUACCAUUCGAGAUGUGGUGGGCCCACACGCCGAUCACUGGCCUUCCCGCUUGAAAUUUCACAUGCCUGAAUUGGAUGAUACACGCUUGCUGCUAAAGGCUGAGCAGCGUCGCCAAGAUCACGACCCACCACUGUUCGGAAAACUUACAGCUGUUGCGGUCAUGAGAACCCAAGAUAAUGGUUUGAUAGCGGCUAGCUUCUGCGGGAAGAAGAGACUGCAGAAGUGUAUCGAGGCGGCCCGGGAUGAAUCGACAGCACCAAAGUUUCAACUAUUCUACAUUACUAUGAGCGCCACCGGAACGCUUCACAUUGCCGCCGACGUGUUCCAGGAACUCGCGUUGUGCUAUGAUAUCCCGGUGGCAUUCAUCAACUCAGUACUUGACUACGGGGGUGAACCUCGGUAUACCGCCUUUGGAAGUAGGCCGCCGCGUGCUGAAAAAAUACAAGUUUUCUGGUACACACUCCCGAUCCGACUUGCACUGGACUGUACUACAGAGGCUGGCGGAGAACAACUUGUCGCCGAUCUCACACGGGACUGUACUACAAAUCAUCACGGAGAACACUCAGACGCCAAUCCGGGUUCCGAUUACCUACAUCUUGACACACAGAAAACCGACAUCGGACAGUUUGACUUGGCCGUAUUUUGCAGACACAAUCUUCUCGAAAAAACGACGGCCGUCAUUUGCGUCUACUUGUGCUCUGGCUUACUCGAGUCAGCGGAAGUCACCAAGCAGCGAGUGCUACAUGCAUUGGACGACGGUGGUAUGGGAAUGAUUGAUCGGAACCCCCUUUGGGUAAACAUCGUCUACAUAAGCAUGGCUGUGCAUUUCUGGAAGGUGACAUUUGAGUAUGUCGCGUCGGAGUUAAAUAGCGAUGAGAAAGAAGUCGCGCACAUGUUAGUAAAUCAAGCGCAGCUUCGCGUGGUAGAGGACACGACGUCAGCGAAAUACAAAAAGCUUCAUACCAUGGACGCGCAUUGCCAACGCUACAAGAUGGAGCUUGCAACGAUCUCAGCAGUGAUUGUUGGGAUGAUGCGGGAACACAAGGUCAUGUCUGAGCAGUUAAAGUUGGAUGUCCAUGAAGCCCAACGUGUUGGGAGCGCGUUCAAACAACAGCUUGCCGAGACUACUGCCCUCACCAUGGCACAGGAGGACAUGGAGAGAAGGAUACGGAAUCUGUUGACCGUGAAUAACAGUUAUUCCAUUCCAUCCAAGCUGCAAAUGACCGGCAACAGAUCGCGAAUGGCAAAGCACUCCAAAAGAUCUCAGUCGCCAACCAAAACGAGGUCAAACAAACGACGAAGAACAGCCGAGUGAUGAAAACGAUUGCCAUAAUGACGAUGACGUUUCUGCCUGGAACCAGUGUCGCGGCUCUAUUCGCUCUUCCAUAUUUCGAGCACACCGCUGUCCAUUCAACAUGGUGGAUAUGGGCCGUGGUCGCGAUAGCCUUGACCGGGAUAGUUCUUGUGCUCUACCAUUUCAUCACGUUCGUAGCGGAGCAUCGAGCCGGCGCCGAAGAAAAGGAUAGUAUGCUCGGCGACGAAGAGGAAGCCGGAAUGGCUGGCAUGAAAAGGGAUCCUUCUGUGGGCGUCACUAACAUCCGGAAGUAUAUGAAAGAUUAUCUCCUGUUUUAUGUAUUUAGGAAGAGCCUUUAGCAG